AAACCCAAUGUCAUUUAGGACCUCGAACUUCAUAACUAGUUUCCAUAAAGAAGCCCACUGCGGCACUGCCAGUACAAAGAUCUUGUGUCUUAGACUAUAAUGCCCUCAAUCGGUACCUUCCUUUUCAAAUCCCUUCCUCCUUUUGCUUGUCCUAAACAAACCGAGUGAGAGACAGAGAAGACUUCAGGGCCUUUACCUAGAUUUCCUCUCUCUUUCUCCGAUGGCUUUCGCUUCGUUUCUUGGGAGAGUUCUCUUCGCCUCUGUUUUCAUACUCUCUGCUUAUCAAGAGUUCAAUGAAUAUGGCCUUGAUGGGGGACCCGCAGCAAAGGCUCUCGGACCAAAGUAUGACGCCUUUGCAAAACGUGUUCAGUCUCAGCUUACCAUGCAACUGCCAGAUAUUGAAGUGAAACAUUUAGUUACUGCAGCUAUAGCACUGAAGGGCUUUGGAGGAAUCCUCUUUAUAUUUGGCAGCUCUCUUGGGGCAUUUCUUCUGCUAUUGCAUCAGCUGGUUGCUACUACCAUAUUAUAUGAUUUCUACAACUAUGACAGUGAGGAGAAAGAAUUUGCUCAACUUUUCAUUAAAUUUACACAGAAUAUGGCCCUUUUUGGGGCGUUGCUGUUUUUCAUUGGGAUGAAGAACUCAAUUCCUAGGAGACAAUCCAAGAAGAAGGUUUCCAAAACAAAAACUGUCUAGAAAAUUAGUUUAGGUGGAAGAUAUAUCUUCAAUCACUAAGGCUAUUUGAUUCAUUUCCUGUUUCUUUUAUUUUGAAACUCAUUAUCUGAAUCCUCUAGGAUACGGCUUCAGUGUGUGUGGGUUAGGACCAACAUUUCCUUUUAAUGAGGUCGUUUAGUGCACUGUUCCCCUUUUAUUUCAUGGGGUAUAUUGUUUCUUAUGGAUUAUUUAUGAGCUUUUCUUCUUGAGCUUGGGUAACCUAUACACAAAACGGGCUAUUUCCAUAAAGGUUUGUGCAGAGACCUUCACAUAAAGGUUUUUGCACAAACAAAUAGAGGUUUUUUUUCUUUUU